GCGAAGCAACCCUGAUUUAUCGAAAAGUUUUUCGCUUCUUUCGUUAAGUUCGGCAUGUCAAAUUCUUAAAAGAAAUAGAAAUCAGUGUGAUCAUCGGAGUGUGAUUUUCUUAUAAUAAUUUCGUGUAUUGCAUUCUAUAGUUUAUUACAGGUAUCAUUCCCUGAUUGCAGACCACCAGCAGUCAGUGUUACACAACUGAAGGCUGAACCGGAAUCAUGGCUCAAAGUAAACUGAACGACUUGGCCGGAAAAUUCGGCAAAGGUGGUCCUCCUGGAUUAGCUACCGGCUUGAAAGUACUGGCCGGUAUUGGUGCCGCUGUGUAUGGCAUCAACAGUUCCAUGUACACAGUUGAUGGUGGUCAUCGAGCGAUUAUCUUUAACCGAAUUGGCGGAAUCGGUGACGAUAUCUUCAGCGAAGGUUUGCAUUUUCGAAUCCCAUGGUUCCAGUAUCCAAUCAUUUACGAUAUCCGGUCGCGCCCAAGAAAGAUUUCUUCUCCGACUGGUUCGAAAGAUUUGCAGAUGGUCAACAUCUCGCUGCGUGUUCUGUCCCGCCCGGAUGCCAUCCGCUUGCCGACUAUGUACCGCCAGCUGGGACUGGAUUAUGAUGAAAAAGUCUUGCCCUCAAUUUGCAACGAAGUACUGAAGAGUGUCGUGGCUAAAUUUAACGCAUCACAGCUUAUCACUCAGCGUCAGCAGGUUUCGCUGCUGAUUCGCCGGGAGCUUGUGGAGCGAGCGAAGGAUUUCAACAUUAUUCUGGAUGAUGUUUCGCUCACUGAACUGAGUUUCGGCAAGGAAUACACGGCGGCUGUUGAAAGCAAACAGGUUGCCCAGCAGGAAGCGCAGCGAGCGUUCUUCUUGGUCGAACGUGCCAAACAGGAACGGCAGCAGAAAAUUGUUCAGGCUGAGGGAGAAGCCGAGGCGGCGAAAAUGUUGGGUCUGGCUGUCAGUCAGAAUCCUGGCUAUCUGAAGUUGAGGAAGAUCCGCGCUGCUCAGAGUAUCGCUCGAACGAUCGCCAACUCGCAGAAUCGUGUCUACCUCUCGGCGAACAGUUUGAUGAUGAACAUUUCGGAUGCUGAAUUUGACGACAUGUCCAAGAAAGUGUCAAGUAAGAAAUAACAAGACUCGAUCAUGUAUCAUCAACAUAAUCUUUUAAAUCAUUGCAUUUUGUUUGCUUCGGUUCUCGAUUCGUAAAUUACGAUAGCCGUUUUACGCAAUUAGCCUGAAGGCACAUUAAUUUUCGAAUCUGUUCAAAAUUGGCAUGGAAAGACAAACAUAGACUUGAUGUGCUCAAGUGAAGGUCUAUGAAUUGGUUCCUUGUUGCGAACUCAAUUCGAUUGGCUUUUAUCUGAUUUGAGCGGCAUUUCCAAUGUUUGAGCAAAUCAAUAAUUUUUGUUGGUAUAGUUAUUUGUAGUAGGCAACAGAUAUUGCAAACAUUUACUGUAUAAAGUCCUUAUUAGUUACUAGUACACAAAUAAAAGAUGAAAAUUAAAAAGUUUCCAAUCGUUCUUAUUUUUAAUGCUUGUUCGUCUUUGGUGUGCUAGCAGCGAUGACAUUCGAUGGACUUGAGUAAUUAUUAGCAUCGUAACAUUGAUAG